AUGCAGUUCUCUCAGAGUGCCAUGGCAGGAGCUGAAACCCCAAAAUUGGCAGGUUUGGAGUUGAGACAUGAUUCAAUUCUAAACAAAUGGGUUAUCAUUUCUCCUGCCAGAGGAAAAUGCCCCUCUGAUUUUAAAUCUACCGUAAAUACUUCAAACCAAUCUGCAAGCCCCUGCCCAUUUUGUCUCCAUCAUGAACACGAAUGUGCUCCUAAAAUCUUCAGAAUCCCUGAAAACGUUUCAGAGUGGAAAUUAAGAGAUAAAAAAUCUCUACCCAGCUGUGUCAAUGGAGAACAGAGAAUAAAACCCCACAUUGACUCAUGUGCUGACACUCUUCCUAGAUUUGGUUCCCAUGAUGUAAUUAUUGAGACUCCCGAUCAUGCUAUGACUUUGGCUAUCAUGCUCGACUUGAAUAUAUUUGAUGUUUUAUGUGCAUAUAGAACAAGAAUCCAACAACUUGCCAGUAAUCCGCACAUCAAAUACAUUCAGGUAUUCAAAAACCAUGGGGAAACAACAAGAGCAUCGAUGAAGCAUUCUCAUAGUCAGAUCAUUGCCCUUCCCAUUGUCCCAAGCAAUGUGGUUACCCAACUCAACAAUGCCAAGGAAUAUUUUACCAGGACGAUGAAUUGCAAUCUUUAUGAGUACUUGAGAAGUGAGAUUCAGUCCAAAAAUUUGUCGCUAGAAGAAUCUUCCCACUUCAUUUCAUUUGUUCCUUUUGCAGCUUCAUUUCCUUUCGAGACUUGGAUUGCUCCUAAGGAUCAUGCUUCGUGUUAUGAGCAGAUAGAAGAUGAACAGGCAAUGGAUCUAGCAUAUAUUUUGAGGCGUGUUCUGCAAAAGUUGAACCACCAAUUAGGAAAUCCUCCUUAUAACUACAUGAUUCACUCAUCACCUCUUAGAGAAUCAUAUGAACCUUCAUAUUGUCAUUGGUUUAUACAGAUUAUGCCACAACUCACUCAUCUUGGUGGCUUUGAAAUUGCAAGUGGUUGUUAUAUCAAUCCAAUAUUUCUAGAGAAUAUUACUACAAUCUUACGAGGAGUGAAUUUGCAAAAUCAGUGA